GGCGAGCGGCUUCGGGGCUAAGCUGAGUGUGUACAUCGGCUCGGGAAAAAAUCCUGGUGGAGUUUGGACUGCGAGCACCCGGGGAACUUCAGCUACCUAUCGCCUCUCUUUGCUUCCUCUGAAACUUUCGCCGCCUCUCACUUUUGACCUGAGGUAAUGGACUCCUAAAGAGACUUUAAACAAGCUCUCAAAAGCAACUUGAAAGCGAGCAGUCUUAAAGCGCCGCUGCCCCCUCACCAACCACAGCCUCAACAGAAGCAGUGACCAUGGGUAAACAGAACAGCAAGCUCCGUCCCGACGUCAUGCAAGACUUGGUGGAGAACACGGACUUCACCGAGCACGAGAUCACCGAGUGGUACAAGGGCUUCUUGCGGGACUGCCCCAGCGGGGCUCUGUCCAUGGAAGAGUUCAAGAAGAUCUACGCCAACUUCUUCCCUUACGGCGACGCCUCCAAGUUCGCAGAGCACGUCUUCCGCACAUUUGAUGCCAACGGAGAUGGGACUAUAGACUUCAGGGAGUUCAUCAUUGCUCUGAGCGUGACCUCACGUGGUCGGCUGGACCAGAAGCUGAAGUGGGCGUUCAGUAUGUACGACCUGGAUGGGAAUGGCUACAUAAGCAAGGCCGAAAUGCUUGAGAUUGUAACGGCCAUUUACAAAAUGGUUUCCUCUGUGAUGAAGAUGCCUGAGGAUGAGUCAACACCUGAGAAACGCACAGAUAAGAUUUUCAGGCAGAUGGACACAAAUCGAGAUGGUAAACUUUCCCUGGAGGAGUUUGUUGAGGGAGCAAAGAACGAUCCCUCCAUUGUCCGACUGCUUCAGUGUGAUCCCAGCAGUGCUGGGCAGUAAAACAACAAAAGGACUUUUCCCACUGCAGUUUAAUAGAUUUAACACAUUUUCAAAAUCUCUCCCAUCUGACACACCUGAGAUUUUCUUUUUUUUCUUCACACGGGAUUCCUCGAGCUUUAGAGGCACACCAGAUUAACAUGCACAUAUACAUGCCACAAAUAGUAUAUAAUCGUCCAGAAUCCUACAUGCACACACAGUUCGUGCGCCUCUAUGCCUGGUCAGAAACUCCAGACAUGCAGUGGAGAUCUCACAUAUGGUACAAAUAGAAGUCAAAGAACUGAAAUCCCAUCAAAGACUUGUUAAAUGCAGAAUGAGAGCUGUGUUAUCUGUCUGAGAGGACGCCCGGCGAGGAUAAUCCAGCACAUUUGUGAGGUACUCUGAGCGAAUCAAGUUUUGGCUGUUUGUUUUCCUGCCCUUUGUUGUUAUGGAAAGCAUUAUUCCUGAUGGAAAGGGAGUUGUGCUGUUUUUUUUCUGUGACUGACUGAAUGGGUGGUUGGUUUUUUUAGUAUUGCAGUCUAAAUCCAUGUUAACACUGGAAAAAAAUGAAGUUAAGUAAGUCUGGGGCAAAAAGUGUUCUGAGCUUACAGUAGACUGAAGAUCUGGGAACUGUAGUUUUUAACCAAAGAGUAAUUUUAGACAGGGAUGAAAGAUUAUUUUAUUUGUUUUGUCUUUUUUUUUUUUUUUUUGUACAUUUUGGAGGAAUGUUACAUGGAACCAGAACUGAGUCAGAUUUCUAAAUGAAGGGGAAUAUCAUGACUACAGAUCACAAGCAUCUGCUUCUUUGAAAGUGACUUUAUAUGCCAAGUUCUGUAUCCACACCCUCAAACAUGGUAUGUGCACACAUUCAUUUUAACUAUGAAUACAUAAACUUGGCAUAUGCAUAGAAACCGAGCUGCGAUUCUCCUUCAACUACGGUUCAAAAAGUGUAUAACUGAAAAACAAAGAUAGAUGUUAUAUGAAUAUAUAUAGUAUGUACUUAUAUAUUCUUUUACUCUGUGGUAACGUUGUAGCAAUUCGCUGCAAUGAAAGAGAUUCAUUUUAAAAUGUUGACGUAUAAAUUAUUGGAAUGUGAUGAUGAAUAUUUUCUUUUCUUUUACUUGACAAAUAUGAUAUGGAAGAAAGUUGUACAGUAUAUUCACUCAUAUUUAUGCUAGAGAUGUUAAAAAAAAAGGAGAGGACCACACAUAUUGCUAUGCAUUCAGCUUUGAAUAUCAUCUGCUGCAUUUUAAAAUUUUUUAAGUCUCCUACACUGACAUGAGAUAAAAUGCUGGCAGUCGAUAAGUUUUUUUUUUUUCUUUCCAGUAAAGUCUCUAAAUUCAAAUGUAACCAUAAUCUCAAAUUUUUGUGCAAAUGUGACGUCAUGUCUCCUGAACAUGCACUUUUUAUCUCGUGCAAAAAAAAAAAAAAAAAAAAGUAUCAAUUGCAAAUUAAUCUAAAUGCUGCUGUGACAAUUAAAACAAUUGCAAUUAUAAUGAUGACAGUCGCUCAACUGACAGGUCGAUGCACAGACAUUGGUGACCAUACUAUACCGUUCCAGCUGUAUUUCUAAAGCACUUUAACACAAUCACAAUGGACCAAAGUGCUGUACAGAGGAAUAAAGAAAAGACAGAACAACAUACCAGCUCACAUGAAGCAUAAAAUGCCCGUAAAAAAUGCAAAUGAAAAUAAGACUUGAAGCAUAAGAAUAGCAACAGACAUACAAUAAAACAAAAUAGGUGAAAUAAAAAAAAGUCAACGUCUCACAAGUAACUGGUGCAUCCACCAAACUCACUGUGGUUUUCAGGAUUCACAAAAGCUUUUCAUCACUCCCCUGCUGUCCCUGCCGAUCAGAAAACAAGGUGGAUAAAUGUGACGUUAGGGUGGAAAAAAUAAUAAACAUUUCAGAGAAGCAAUUGGUACUACAGUCCCACAUUUCAAUAGCAUCUUGUGGUCAAGUGCCAAAUUUAGAUGAAUUUUAAAAAAGGAAGAAAAAAAAAACAGUAUUGUAUCUGUUUAUACUGUACAGCUGUGACCUGUCGAACAAAAAAGUUAUUUUGUAGAUUUUUUUGUAUUGUUAACUUGCAAUAUGUGUUCUGUGUAGGAUGUCCAUUUUGUUAUUCAAAUAAAGACAGAAUGGGGAAAAUG